UUUGCACAUGAUGAGGUACAUUAUGGGCACAACAAUAACUUAGAUAUAACGCAGUACCAUUCUAAAAGUUGGAAUAAUGAUAUCUAACAGCCAGAAGGGGAAAGGGUCAAAGAACAAAGAAAAUGGAAAGAAAGAGCGAAAAAUUCAGUUUGUUGAAGAAAUUUUGAUGGACAAGGACGACGGUGAUGAUAAAGGUGCAGUUAAGCCAGGAUGGUAUGAAGAAUUGAGUGAUGACCAGAUAAGAAUGUUUAAGGAGGUGUUUGAUCUCUUGGACUCAGAUCGAGGAGGAAGCUUAGAUAGUAGGGAACUCUUCAAGUUGAUGAGGGAACUGGACGUAGAAUUAUCUGAGGAAGAAAUCAGCAGUGUUCUUAAAGAACUAGACAAUGAUGGCAGUGGUGAGAUUGACUUUGAUGAAUUUCUGUACCAUAUGACUGCCACAGACCGCUAUUUGGAUAUGCUGGCUGAAGAUCCUGAUAGAGCAAGGUUACAGAAAAGAGAAAAAUAUAGCAAACGUCAAAGUUUGUUUUUUUCUGCCAUCACAAAAUUUGCGCUGAAGAACUCAGUUGGAGAGAUAACACGUUAUUACGCUCAGAAAGCCAGGCAAGUACCACAUGUUAUCAGUCAUUACACAGCCGGUGCCAGAGUAAUUGGGCUGACGGACAGGCAGUUAGCACGGCAUUUAAAAGACAUGCAAGCCAUUGCAAAGGACCAAGAUUCACCCUAUGCCAAACCUUUGUUAUUCGUUGUCCCAGCUGGAUCCUCUGCAAAGAAGCAUAGUCCUGACAUAGCUAAAAAGAAGCGAGAUAAAAUUCUUGAAGAUGAAGACAAAGAUGGGAAACAUUUUAAGAAGGCUAAACUUAAGCUUACUUUUGCAACUGAGCAGAUAGGAUCCAAGGGUGCCAUGCGUGCAAGGAGGACAGCUAUUUACGCAGAUAACGCGGAUUUGACGGCAGUCCGUACCAUGGCAGAGAAGGGAAGUGUAGUUUGUAUGCUGCCUGAGGUACAUCUUUUACCACAGCUGAGCAGGCUUGGUGCAGUUAAGCCAGGAUGGUAUGAAGAAUUGAGUGAUGACCAGAUAAGAAUGUUUAAGGAGGUGUUUGAUCUCUUGGACUCAGAUCGAGGAGGAAGCUUAGAUAGUAGGGAACUCUUCAAGUUGAUGAGGGAACUGGACGUAGAAUUAUCUGAGGAAGAAAUCAGCAGUGUUCUUAAAGAACUAGACAAUGAUGGCAGUGGUGAGAUUGACUUUGAUGAAUUUCUGUACCAUAUGACUGCCACAGACCGCUAUUUGGAUAUGCUGGCUGAAGAUCCUGAUAGAGCAAGGUUACAGAAAAGAGAAAAAUAUAGCAAACGUCAAAGUUUGUUUUUUUCUGCCAUCACAAAAUUUGCGCUGAAGAACUCAGUUGGAGAGAUAACACGUUAUUACGCUCAGAAAGCCAGGCAAGUACCACAUGUUAUCAGUCAUUACACAGCCGGUGCCAGAGUAAUUGGGUUGACGGACAGGCAGUUAGCACGGCAUUUAAAAGACAUGCAAGCCAUUGCAAAGGACCAAGAUUCACCCUAUGCCAAACCUUUGUUAUUCGUUGUCCCAGCUGGAUCCUCUGCAAAGAAGCAUAGUCCUGACAUAGCUAAAAAGAAGCGAGAUAAAAUUCUUGAAGAUGAAGACAAAGAUGGGAAACAUUUUAAGAAGGCUAAACUUAAGCUUACUUUUGCAACUGAGCAGAUAGGAUCCAAGGGUGCCAUGCGUGCAAGGAGGACAGCUAUUUACGCAGAUAACGCGGAUUUGACGGCAGUCCGUACCAUGGCAGAGAAGGGAAGUGUAGUUUGUAUGCUGCCUGAGGUACAUCUUUUACCACAGCUGAGCAGGCUUGCCAGUGCAGCAAAUGGUGUUGAUUUCCCUAUUAGAAGUAGUACACGUAAACGUGAUAAUCGUCGCCCAUCAAUACCACCUCCUUUGACUGAAUGUACUCCUAGCCCGCCAUCAUCACCUUCGACUGAUGAUCCUGUACAUGAGACAUCUAGGAGUAGCACCACCCCUACUGCAGGUUGCAAACCACAUCGUGAACCCUCGAGAACAUGCAGAGGUUGGACAGCUCCACCUAUUGAGCGCAACCAGGUCCCUCUGCCCAUUCUGCGUUUGAGUAAGAGGGAAAUAAAAAAUCCAACUAUAGAUGAUUUGCCAAACAUCAGGAAAAAGGUAUCCGUGUGUGUAAAUAAAUACUACUCAGCCCUGAGGAAGAAGCAAGUGCGAACUGCCUGGAAACAAUGGGACACCAUGAAGUCUGUAAACAUACCUCAAGGUCAUAGCUUUCGACAAGUAUUUAGAGCAUAUUCCCCUCACACUGAGGAAGAGUGUUUUGUUAUCUGCCCAUGGAUACCAGGACCCAGAUACACUUCAAAAAGCCCAAUUCAACAAGAUUGGAGACCACUUAAUGCCACAAUGAAUUAAAUAUUAUGCUUUUGCAGGACUUGAAACCCCAUGAAUUCUACCACUCAACAAUUUUUGCCUAUUUAUUUUAGUUGCAACAUUUUAAAGUUGUUUUGCAUUCCUUUGUGUACAGAUAGAUUAUUCGUUAGAAAUAAAUUUUGAGACGUUUUGAUUAUAAAAGAUGCAAGAAAAGAUUAUAAACAAAA